AUGGAAGACUCAAGGGCAAUGAGUUGUCCGAUAUCACCGGACAAUGAAGAUGCUUCAGAGCAAAAGGAGACCAUUGACGCCAUGGGGAAAUUGUUAGAACAUGAUGCUGAAAAAAGAAAAAGUGUAUUAGAUAUCUACGACUCUGUUGUAUCGAUGUUUGAAAUGGAGAACUUUGAGAAAAAUCUCCGUAAGGAGCUGGCAACAAAAUACGGAGAUUCCACAGGCUGUAUUUGCCAAAUAUUCAACAGUGUCGAAAAGAGAGCAAUUGCAAUAAAGGAAAAAGGGUUUCCGACUACUAUAACAGAGGUCACAGAUAAGAAGUUAAUGGAAUACGUUUGCGUCGAAAGAUUUGGUCAAAAUAGGCAAUCAUCAUGUUCUAAGAGAGUGGAUAUCUUCUGGCCUAUACCAAUGCUGAAGGAACAUGCUAUAAUUAUAGACACCCCCGGUGUGGGAGAUAGUGACGAAAUGACAACAACACUUCUGGACUAUCUGACAGAGGCAGUGGCAUUUAUUUAUGUCAUUAAUACACCAAAUGCCGGAGGGGUCCAAGACGACAGGCUUGGAAAAAUAUUAAGAAAACAGCGUGAUUUGGAAGAGAAAGGAAAUUUAAAACAAUUUGAUCCGGGUUGCGCCAUUUUUGUCUGCAACAAAUGGGACCAGGUCUCUGAAAAAGAAGAACAAGAUGUGUGGCUUAACAUUGCAGAAAAACUAAAGGCAAUUUGGCCAACGAGGGAAGAUCAAAACAUCGAGGCACAGAUGUUUAAAAUGUCCGUUAAAACGGAAUUGGAAAGAUCCGAAAAAGGCCUGGAAUGCACCGAGAAGUUAAAGUCGCUCAUUUCUGGAAUGGACAGGCUCGUCAGCGCCUGUUUAGAGAGACGCGUCACCAAACACAUAUAUUGGCUGCAGGAGUUCUUAAACACAGUUUUAGUCAAUGUUAUUGCAAACAUAAAUGCUUCACGGAAAAAGCAAGACGAGAAAAAUGAAAUGAAAAAAGAGGUUGAGAAGAGGCUUACGUUUCUUAAGAACAGGACAGAAACCAUCAAGGGAGAUACAGCAAAAAUAUCUGACGUUGGAACAUUAAAGCCAAAAAGCCAAAUUCGUGGAACCAUAAUUGGAACUCCAUCGUAUUGUGCACCGGAAGCGGCAGCUGGUCAGAUUUAUGGUUUACCAGCUGAUAUUUUCAGCCUUGCUAUCGUUAUGUGGGAAAUGUGGUAUGGCCAAAAAGUGCGGAUUAACGUGUUGAAAUGUACCGACUCCAUGCCAAGAAAUACAUCCUCGGACGAUAACUUCAUAGGAUGGUUUCGUUCGGCGCGCCUCCACCAAGUCCGGCCUCCAACCCUCGUCCCGUUUCUCCACAUGUAA